AUGCAUCUGAUCCCCGGGGGCCGGCGGCUGCAGGGCAGGAGCCGAGACCUGGAGCAGCUGGAGUCCGAGGCCAAGGACGGGAGGCGCUCGCCCACCGCUACGGAGGAGGCCCCCCGGCGCGGGGCCCGCGAUCACUUCCCCCGGUGGCGGCGGCGCAAGGGUUUACUGUGGGUGCCCGAGCGGGACUCGCCCAGCCACAGCUCGCCAGAGAGGAACAGUGACUGCAGCCACAACAGCUCAGACCACGAAGACGGCUCCUCUGCAGACUUCAGCUACGGGGCAGACGACUACGACGCAGAGGGGAAUGAGGAGCAGAAGGGGCCCCCGGAGGGCUCGGAGACCAUGCCGUACAUCGACGAGUCGCCCACCAAGUCGCCCCAGCUCAGCGCCCGCAGCCAGGGCGGCGGCGGGGACAGCAUCUCCCCCACCCCACCUGAGGGGCAGGCACCUGGGGUGGAAGCAGGGAAAGGCCUGGAGAUGAGGAAGCUGGUGCUCUCAGGGUUCCUGGCCAGCGAGGAGAUCUACAUCAACCAGCUGGAGGCCCUGCUGCUGCCCAUGAAGCCCCUGAAGGCCACAGCCACCACCUCGCAGCCCGUGCUCACCAUCCAGCAGAUCGAGACCAUCUUCUACAAGAUCCAGGACAUCUACGAGAUCCACAAGGAGUUCUACGACAACCUCUGCCCCAAGGUGCAGCAGUGGGACAGCCAGGUCACCAUGGGCCACCUUUUCCAGAAGCUGGCCAGCCAGCUUGGCGUGUACAAAGCGUUUGUGGAUAACUAUAAAGUCGCUCUGGAGACCGCGGAGAAGUGCAGCCAGUCCAACAACCAGUUCCAGAAGAUCUCCGAGGAACUCAAAGUGAAAGGCCCCAAGGACUCCAAGGACAGCCACACGUCGGUCACUAUGGAAGCUCUGCUCUACAAGCCCAUCGACCGCGUCACCAGGAGCACCCUGGUCCUGCACGACCUGCUGAAACACACGCCGGUGGACCACCCAGACUACCCGCUGCUGCAGGACGCCCUCCGCAUCUCCCAGAACUUCCUGUCCAGCAUCAAUGAGGACAUCGACCCCCGCCGGACUGCUGUCACAACCCCCAAAGGGGAGACACGGCAGCUGGUGAAGGACGGCUUCCUGGUGGAGGUGUCGGAGGGCUCCCGGAAGCUGCGGCACGUCUUCCUCUUCACAGACGUCCUACUGUGCGCCAAGCUAAAGAAGACGUCUGCGGGGAAACACCAGCAAUAUGACUGCAAAUGGUACAUCCCUCUGGCCGACCUCGUGUUUCCGUCCCCCGAGGAGUCGGAGGCCAGUCCCCACGUGCACCCCUUCCCAGACCACGAGCUGGAGGACAUGAAGAUGAAGAUCUCCGCCCUCAAGAGUGAGAUCCAGAAGGAGAAAGCCAACAAGGGCCAGAGCCGGGCCAUCGAGCGCCUGAAGAAGAAGAUGUUUGAAAACGAGUUCUUGCUGCUGCUCAAUUCCCCCACCAUCCCAUUUCGGAUCCACAAUCGGAACGGAAAGAGCUACCUGUUCCUACUGUCCUCGGACUAUGAAAGGUCAGAGUGGAGAGAAGCGAUUCAGAAACUGCAGAAGAAGGAUCUCCAGGCCUUUGUCCUGAGCUCAGUGGAGCUCCAGGUGCUCACAGGAUCCUGUUUCAAACUUAGGACUGUACACAACAUUCCUGUCACCAGCAAUAAAGAUGACGACGAGUCUCCAGGGCUCUAUGGCUUCCUUCAUGUCAUCGUCCACUCUGCCAAGGGGUUUAAGCAGUCAGCACAGCAGUGGGAAGAGGAGUUUGAGAUCGAGCUGGAGGGCUCCCAGUCCCUGAGGAUCCUGUGCUACGAGAAGUGCUACGACAAGACCAAGGUCAACAAGGACAACAACGAGAUCGUGGACAAGAUCAUGGGCAAAGGGCAGAUCCAGUUGGAUCCACAGACCGUAGAAACCAAGAACUGGCACACAGAUGUGAUCGAGAUGAACGGGAUCAAAGUGGAAUUCUCCAUGAAGUUCACCAGCCGAGACAUGAGCCUGAAGAGGACGCCAUCCAAAAAGCAGACCGGCGUCUUUGGCGUGAAGAUCAGCGUGGUGACGAAGCGGGAGCGCUCCAAGGUGCCCUACAUCGUGCGGCAGUGUGUGGAGGAGGUGGAGAAGAGGGGCAUCGAGGAGGUCGGCAUCUACCGCAUCUCAGGGGUGGCCACAGACAUCCAGGCGCUGAAGGCCGUCUUCGAUGCCAAUAACAAGGACAUCCUCCUGAUGCUGAGUGACAUGGACAUCAACGCCAUCGCCGGCACCCUCAAGCUCUACUUCCGGGAGCUGCCCGAGCCCCUCCUCACAGACCGACUGUACCCCGCCUUCAUGGAGGGCAUCGCCCUGUCAGACCCUGCUGCCAAGGAAAACUGCAUGAUGCACCUGCUCCGCUCCCUGCCCGACCCCAACCUCAUCACCUUCCUCUUCCUGCUGGAACACUUGAAAAGGGUUGCUGAGAAGGAGCCCAUCAACAAAAUGUCCCUUCACAACCUGGCCACCGUGUUUGGCCCCACGUUACUGAGGCCCUCGGAAGUGGAGAGCAAAGCACACCUCACGUCGGCUGCGGACAUCUGGUCCCACGACGUCAUGGCACAGGUCCAGGUCCUCCUCUACUACCUGCAGCACCCCCCCAUUUCCUUCGCAGAACUGAAGCGGAACACACUGUACUUCUCCACGGAUGUGUAGCCCCAGGUGGGAGCUGCGGGGGGUGGCCGAGCCAGCCGCUCUUGCUGGGGGACCGGCACAGACUUGAAAGACUGCAAUAGGAAACUCCCAAACCCGGCACUCCAGGCUCCAAGGGACGCAGGUUUCCAAGAACUGGAACACGUGCACCUUUUGUGCCGCCUUGUACAAAGCCAACUGACCCGGCCCAGCCUCGCCACCACACCCGGGCUCUGCCCUCUGUACCUCCAGUGUGUCUCACGCUCCGUGCCGUUUGGGGUUGUUUUGUGUCUGUUUGUCAUGCAGAAAAGGUAGGGACUGACCCAGGACGGGCACAGACGGCCUGCUUUGUUCUUUCAUUUCCUCCAGCACUUUCUUUCCUCCCGCGUCCAGUCCAA